AUGCGCCAGACCUUUCGGAGGGAGGUGAGCGAGUCUGCGGACGCUGUAUCCCCUCUUCCACUUCCCGCUGCAGCCAAUAAAGGCCGUUCCUACCAUAGUCAGUCUGUGUCCGCGUUCUUUUUCCCGAGACUGCAGAGUUUGGGGAAGCUGUAUGCUGCCUUUCGCUACGCGGAAUUUGCAGAUCUUCCCCUGGACCUCGGGCCUCUGGAUGGAGUAGGGUGGACGCUUCACACAAGGUUCUCUGGUCGAACUUAACGAAGCUCCAGAUGGCUGCGCUGCGUCGAAUGCUCCACUUGCCGAGCCUGAUGAUGGGGACGUGCCGCCCCUUUCCGGACUCACUGGCUGGUAGCUGCCUGGCGGACCGCUGUCUCUGGGAUCGGCUGCAUGCCCAGCCCCGUUUGGGCACUGUCCCCACCUUCGACUGGUUCUUUGGAUACGAGGAAGUCCAGGGGCUCCUACUACCGUUGCUGCAGGAGGCACGGGCUGCCAUUCCUCUGCGGGUGCUGGAUGUGGGCUGUGGGACCUCCAGCCUAUGUACAGGCCUCUACACCAAAUCUCCACACCCAGUGGAUGUGUUAGGGGUGGACUUUUCUCCUGUGGCUGUGGCCUACAUGAACAGCCUCCUGGAGGGUGGCCAAGGCCAAACACCUCUAUGCCCUGGGCACCCUGCCUCCAGCCUCCACUUCAUGCACGCCGAUGCCCAGAACCUGGGGUCUGUGGCUUCUUCAGGCUCUUUCCAACUACUGCUGGACAAGGGCACCUGGGAUGCUGUUGCCAGGGGAGGUCUGCCUAGGGCUUACCAGCUGCUAUCAGAAUGCUUGCGGGUUCUAAACCCUCAGGGGACCCUAAUUCAGUUCUCAGAUGAGGACCCUGAUGUGCGACUGCCCUGCCUGGAACAAGGGUCCCAUGGCUGGGCUGUGACUGUGCAGGAGCUAGGCCCUUUCAGGGGCAUCACCUACUUUGCUUACUUGAUUCAAGGCUGUCAUUAAAGACAUUUUAGUAGU